GUGAUGUUUUAAUAAUAAAUGAUUUAUUUAUUUUUCGGUUUGUUUUUGUUUUGAUUUUGAAUUGCAGUGGACUGAUGCACUUUUGUUGCCCACUUUGGCGAAAAGUGCCCAACUAAUCGCUUUUGUUGUAUUUAUUAUGAUUAUUUUGUUGCUUUUUGCAUGUCACCAACCGAAAAAAAAAGCACAAAACGCGCGCGUUCACUUGUAUGUCGUUCUGUGUUUGUGUUCGCGCCCGCGUAUCUGUGUGUGUUUGUGCGAAUUUGCAAGAGACGGGGCGUAUGAGCAAUGCCGUGGCGAAAACUUUGCCACUUUUGUUGUCUGCGACGAAAGCAAAAACAGCAAAACACCGUCAACAACACACAAAAAAAAAAAAAAGUAAAAUAAUAAAAACACAGUUUUACAUGCGCAGUUGUUGUUUUUGUUUUUACUUGGCUGCUGUGGCGUUGCAGUGCGUAUUACUUUUGUAGUUUUUUCGUUUUCGUUUCUUUUUUUUAGCGUCCGCGCUGCGUCGACGCGUUGUAAGCGGUUUGAAAGGUGGCGCAGUUAUGGCGCUCUGUCUCUGCCGCCAAUUCGAACAGCUGAGCGCCAGCCGAAGAGAGAGCCGAGAAGAGAGCCGAAGACUGCCGAAGAGCGCCGAAGUGCUCGCGAAACUACAAUCGCUACAUCUAUGGCUAUGUGUGUGUUGGUGUUUUGUCAACGCUUUUGCAUUCCGCGCCCGAAUUCUUUUUUUCCUCAUUUUUUUUGGCUUUUCCCUUGUUUUUCUUUUGGGCCAGUUUUGCAGUUGGUGUUGUUGUUGGCCAACACUUGUCGUUGUCCGUCGUCUCUUUUGGCCAUUAUGCAACGACAGCGAAGCGAACGGUCACACGAAGUGUUAAAGCUGAUCUCUGAUUGGUCGGAAAAUGGAGCCACGAGGCGACCCGAAGUGCGGUCACUCUCGCGUUAUCUCAGUUUGGGUCUGCUCACUCUCUCAAGAGAGGGUCAACAAAAAUAAUUGAGGAAAAGCCAAAACACAAAGAACAUGCCAGAAGUCGAGUUUUCCGAAUAAAACAUACCCGGUUUAUCAGCAAAUUUUUGGCGAUAUUUCAAAUGUGUAUAGGGCUUAAUGUAAUAAUAAGUAUUAUCAAUAAACUGAGAUCAGCACGCGGGCAAAAUAGCUUUACACUUUAGCAGUACCAAGAGUUUUGUGCUAUUUUGUUCAUUAACUUAAUAUUUUAAGUACUUUUUUUGAUUAGCUUAAAAUUCUUAGAAAAAGAUUAAUGGAAGCUUUCCGUGGAAGAUGAAACCGUUUAAUAUUUCUGGAACUGUCAACAUAAUUUUCAAGAAUUUUAGACAGCUCUAUCUGCUUUUUUUCUCGCAACUGGCAAAACCAGUGCAAAAUUGCUGAUAAGAAUUGGGAAUUUAGCUACUUUAAUCUGGAUCUAUGUACAUACAUUGUGGGUUUUUGUGAGCCAAAAAUCAUUUUACUCCACAUCGUUCUAGGAAUUUCGCUUUGUUUUCCGUUUUUUACUUGAAAAACUUAUAAGGGUUCUUAUGUUUUAAAUUUUAGAAUAUCCAGCAUUUUUUUGCUAAACAUUUUAAACCAACUUCUACACAAUUAAUUUGUUUGGUUUUCGUAGAGCACGUUUUUUAAACCAGUGUGUAUUAUAUUCGACUAAAACUUUCUAGUUUAGAGAUAAUUUUGUUUGCUUUUUCUUUUUUGCACAAACACUUACAGAAUCAACUGAUAAGAUAGUCUGGAGUCCGUUGAAAAACCAAAAACUAUGGGGAAAAUACGGGCAAAGGGGAGGGGGGGUGCGGAACAAAUCGAACCCAGCGCGUGCCCAAAAGUCCCGUUAAUAAUUAGGUAUUGUGGUUGUCGUUUUUGUGGGUUCUGGAUUUUAAAAUGACCACAGUGAGUCAUGCGACUGAAUCAAUCACAUACAGAGAGACCGGCUUAAACAGACACAAAUCUAUUGUAUUUGAAUAAAGAGCUCCCAACGAUAAGGGAUUUAUACAUAUGUACAUAUAUACUCCUGAUCAGCAUACUCCGACCUUCAGGAAUUCCCCGCAGAUAAUUAACUAAAUUCAGUUUGCUGAUUUUAUACUCAUUCAUUUGUUUAAUAUUCAUUAUUUUAUAUUUGCAAUGAUAUAUAUAAUCAGGGAUUUGUUCGAUGAACCAUAUUUGUUUUUAUGUUUUUUCCCAAGGAGUUAUCCUUUUCAAACGAUCUUCAAAAUUAUACGAAUUUGUAUGUUAACCCAUUAAGGGCAAUCAGGCAAAAGCCGGACGCAGCGGAGAAAGUUUUUCGGGAAGAAAAUGUGCGCUGCUCGCUACGAUUUUGGUUAAUGGAGAGUAGAGAGUGGGCUAAAAUGACUCUAUGGUGAUGGCCAGUGAUGGAGUGAAAGGGAUGCCCGAUGUCGGCUAAUGUCUAAUUUGUUUUCUAUUUUCCAAUGCAGUCGUAUUUUUUGAUGCGCCAAAUUUAUCAAGCUCUUGACCAACCAUUGUUGGCAAACUUGUUUUCCGUUCCGUUCCUUUACUUUCUCCUGUCUCUCUCUUUUUUUCCGGCGAUAACUCGGCUCUUUCUCUAAAAAAAAGUAAAGAGCCUGAAAAACUCAGAUUGGGCGUAGGGAAUACAGUUCUACUUUAGCAGAGCAAAAGAUUUUUUUUUUUUUUUUUUUUUUUUUUGGCACUCCAGAGAGACGGGACUUACGGACUUAGGGAACGGAAAUGGAAACGGACACACAUGACGGCAAACAACUGAGCGAUAAGAUAGAGCAGCGGAGAGCGGGUCGAUCGUACACUUGGAAAAUAUAUUUCCCAAAGAAAAAAAUAUAUAUAUUAAAUAUUUAAAAUUAAAAAUAAAUACCUAAUCAGGCAUAAAUUGUGUAAGUAUAUUAAAAUUUCCAACGUUGUUUAACGAGUAAUUUUAAUAAACCACAUAAACCACAAGUGCAACGUGAUCACUAAAUUAACACUUCGUAGAAAGAUGACAAACAACUGGUUAUUUAUAUGUUUAAAUUCAAUCAGAAUUUCAAUUAUCCUGAUACCUAUUUAGAUCUUUUUUUUUUUUUUUAAUUUUUUCCAAGUGUCGAGGUGGGAAGUGAACUACUGCUGCGGGGGAAUAAUGAAGUCAAAACGGUCACGCUUACCCGCACAUUGAUGGAAAAUUAUAAUGAGCAGUGAGAAGAAGCGGCAGUCGCAGCAGUUGGGGAAAAAGAAGAAAUAGCCAGCAAAUGAUGAGGCAACCACGACGGACGUGAGAACGGAACGAACCGUCGAGAAAACCCCGUCCAAAAAAAAAAAAAAAAAAAACCCAGAGAAUAAAAGAAAAAAAACAGAAACAGGAACGAAGCGUCCAGCGAACGACGAGCAAAGAAACUUCGAAUCGCCCAAGCAUGCAAAUGAGACCGAAAGCCGGCGAUCGAGAGCCAUUCAUUCCAUUUCCAUUUUCAUUUCCAUUUCCAUUCAGGGGUUCUUUGAGGUUGCGAAUGGAACGCACCGAUGGAGCAGCUCGAUGGAAAGGUAAUGCAACACGCCGACAGCCGAUCAAAGUCGGAAAUAACCCAAUGACCUCAACCAUUUACAUUUCACAUAAAGGCAUAUAACAACUUGAUAGAUUUUUUAGCAAGAAUCGCUUAUCUUUUAUAUGCAAAUAACACGAUCAACGGAAUUUUUUGUUUUGGUAAAUAUUUUUUUCAAAAACUACACACUCUUUCUUUUUUCGAUUAUUAAAAGCCUCAUAUCAAUGACGUGGCGACCUAACUAAAUAUAGAUAUUCUCGACCAGCCGCAUUCAAUAAUGACUUCCUAGAAAACAAGCUCCCAACCUCCACAAUUCCUAGUCGAAAAACCAUAAUUUGCAUGUUUCAGUUUCGCACUGCCGCCGACAAUUUCAUCAUCAUCAUCAUAAGUAUUAUCAUCACCGCAACAGCCCAUCAACAUCAGAUAUAUAUAUAUUUAUAUAUGUAUAUAGUAUGUAUGUGUAUGUAUGUUUUUUUUUGCAAAACAACUGAAACCGAAAAUCCGAAGGGUUUUGCGCUCGAUGACAGACAGCUGAAACUGACCAGUUGACCACUUGACAACCUUGACACAAAUGAGGGCGAAAAUCGAAGGGCGAGGACGAAGGGGCGGCCAAACUGCAACUGGUUCGCCGGGGGGGCGUGGUCAUCAUAACAGCAACAACAACAAGGAGAAUGAGAACAACAACCAGGGUUACGGGAUGAGAAUUUAGCUACCUGGACGAAGAACUCAUUUGCCUAAUAGAACAAUUAUCGACGCCUACGGAAAAUAGUGUGGCAUUAUGUUGGUCCUUCUCCAAUUUCCACAGGAGCAGGAAGAGCUGCUCCGAAAACGAGAUGGUGAGUUGGUCGAGAGGCCAACUGGGUGUUGCACAACCAUUACGAUGAUUGUGUCCAUGAUAGUGACGAUAAUUACUCUAAUGACGGUCACGAUAAUGGCCACAAGUGGCCCCAGGCGCAAAUACCUUGCCGAUUAAACAGAAGCCUUCAAUUACAUUUCGUACGAUAGCCGUGGGAUAUAUACGUAUAUGUACGUACGCAAUUUGGACAGGUAAAGUGAAAACUUGCGAAUAAAACUCUAAUGGGGAGAUGGGAUUUUUAAGCCAUUAGGCAUGGUAAUAGGAAGUUCUUAAAUAUAAGGACCUAAUUGGUUUUUAAAUGAUUCAAAUAAGUUCUAAGUUAAAUACUACAUUCAUUUUUGAAAUGCUAAAACAUUUUCUAAAAUUAUAGUACACUUUAUACUAACUAUAAAUCCAAUAAAUUUUCCUACAAUUUUACUGCUGAUGCUAACAAAAUUGCCAGGAUAUCUGGCUUAAAAAACUCUUCAUAAAGCGCAUAUCCAAGCAUAAAAACCAUGUUCAAGUUCAACGUUUAGCAUGCCAUCCACACCAUUUCUUACCAAAAAAAAUGAAAACAAAAAAAACGGAAAAAGCGAAAAAAAAGGGAAGGCAAGAAAAAGAAAUGCCCACCCACUUUCCGCGCCCAUGUGCCAUCCACAUGUGCUUUCUGCUCCUUGACCUUCUCCCAUUCCGCUGGCAAAUCAACUUUGGCGCAGAACAAGACAAUGAACGCCGUAAUGAAUAUAUGUACAUGGGCGGUGGGUGGCAGGAGGGCGUGGCAGAGCGGUACAGGAGCCAGGCUGUAAGUGCAAAAGCGCAUUUAACGGCUUUCGCUGGCAAAGGAAACGCAAAUAAGCGACAAGGACGCGAACAAAGAAAAAGGAAGGCAGUCGCUAAAAAAAGAAGAAAACAAAAAACCCAAAAACAAAAAAAAAAACAACAACAAAAAAAUGAAAACUCUGAGAAGGCCAUCCUGUGAACUAUGUGUUUUAAAAAUGUCAAGGCUCUUUUUCGGGGGGCGGCAAUGGGUGGCUGAAUGGAAGGCGGACAGGCGGCAGUCGGCAGUCAGCAGUCAGCACAAAAUCCUGGCAACCCUUUUUGGCCAACAACAAGCGAACAAGGCAACAAGCCAACAGCCAGCCAAAUCCAUAAGCCAGUCAAGUCAAGCCCUCAAGGGCAAUUCGGUUAACAAAACAAUGGCCAACGACUGCGAUGAAAACGGCGACAACAAUGUUGGCCAAUAUGCAGCUCUGCUGUAAGUUCAAAUUGAAAAUUGCAGGGGGUGGCUUUUUCCACUUGAUUCCACUUGCGAAAAUAAUCCGGGGACCCAUUACGAAUCCAUAGAAACUCGAAAAUUAAAUAAACACAGAAGAGGAAAAUAUGUUAUAUGUUUUUUCCAAUUCAAUUUGGGUUUAACUGUUCACUUUAUAUAUGCUGAUAAUUCAAUUAAGCAAUAAAUGUUUAAAAAAAAGGGUUAUUAAGUUUGAAGAAAAUGUUUAUAAUAUGUAAUUAACAUUAUAAAUAAUAAAUAUAAUACCUAAUUAAUGUGCCUUCUUAAUCGACAAUCAGUAAAAGUUUAAUAAUUUAAUAAUCUCAUUUUAAGAUUGGCAAAGGGACUUAUGAUAAUUUUCCACCCCGUUUUCCCCACCCCCUCGAUGACAUUGAGUUGUCAUUAGAGGAGCAUUAAACAUUAGCAUUAAACGCAAACAUAAUCUGACUGCCGCUAAACGCUUUUGCACGCCAAUCAUUUUUGUGGCCAGCAGCAUUUUCCUGUUUUCCUGUACACUGCUUUCCCUCCCCAAUCCCUAUACCACGCCCCCCGUUUUGUCCUGCCGCCCACCGCCCAGUUUUCCCCGUUCUGUUUGGCUGCUAUUAAUGCUAUUGUUGAUUUUGCUCACUUUGUGGCUUUGCGUGUCAAAUCAGAUUUGGAAUUUCUGCUGCUGUUGCUGGCAGAGCUUCGGGGGUUUUUCCCCUUUCCCCUUUCCAUUUCCCAUUUGCACUGUUUGGGUUUGUGUUUUGUUUUUUUUUUUUUGUCGCAUUUUCCACUUGUGCGGCUCGGCUCCACUUUCGAUUUUUGGGUUUUGGCUUUGUUUACGAGCGUGCGACGUGUGUGGAUGCUAAUCGAGGAAAGCGAGUGACAAUUAUGUUGGCGGCACUUGCAAAUGACCUGCUAAUUUGAUUACAGCUCCAAAAAAUCCAAACAGUUGGGGAAUGGGGUUUUGCUAUUGGCAAAUGCUUUGCGAUACGAGCCUUGCUAAUAGAGUUGUUAUCAUUUAAUACAGUUUUUUUUUUGGAUAUCAGAAAAGUAAUGUUGUAAUGGGAUGAUAUAUUUAUCUAAAACUCUGCAUCGAAGUUUAAGAAUUUUCUGGUUAAUUUCUUUUUAAUUUCAAUUGUGUAACUCCUUUUCAAAUAUUCAAAACUAUAAAAUUUAGGUUUUUGGUAAAUGCCUGCAGUUUUAUGUGGACCUACAGUAUUUUAAAUCUUUUAUUAACCCUAUGAACUUCUGCUUCGGUUGAAGGCCAAACAUUUCGGAACAACGAACAUGGAUGGCGUAAAUCACUGGCGGCCAGAAUCAAACAGGUGGAGGGAAAUGCGGUGAGUGGGCGAGUGGGCGUGGAAUGCAGAGGUAAACAAGAACAAGAACAAGAACGGUGGCGAUGGUCGGCCGGAAAAUUGAAAUGUGCGUGUGGCGUGGAAAUUGCGUUCGAGCAGUCACCACAAAGCCCUCUCUCACUCUCACUCUCUCCCUCUCUCUCUCUCUCUCUUCGCCGCCCGAAAAGGGAACUAAUUGGGGGCAGUGGGUGGUGUGUGUGUGUGGAUGGGCGGUUCGGUUUUGUGUGGGCAGUAAGUGGGUGUUACUGGCUCAAAGGUCAGCAGUUCGAACAGCCAAUAUUAUCGUCAACGCUCCACAGGACCUGACACAUUGAUGACGGAAUCCUGUGGCGUGGCGGAAGAUGCCACUCGUCGUUCGUGGGCAACGAUGCAAAUUCGAUUUGCGAUUUUGGGCGCUUCGGCCUUGUGCUGGAUAUUGAAUGCCUCCGCCGCGCCGGUUGAUUGCUGCGGUUUGUCGUGGCGAAUUGCAAUUCAAUUCGAUUUCCAUCGGUGCUUGCCUCUGCGUGAGUUCUCAUCGCGUUAGUGGAAUGGUGUGCACCGAUUAUUACUUAGCCACCCCACCCAACCACCCCCACACACACACACCUGGCUAAAAGCCCGGGGGGAUUAGGGGUUGGCCCAGACACUUCGAUGACAAAUCCCUUUAUUAGCGAGACUUUGCAUCCUGACUCACUGUUCUUGGUGAGUAACGCCUUUUUUUUUGCUCUUUUACAAAACUGCAGUUUCAUUCGCAUUUGCAAUAAACAGGUCACUCACUAUAAACUGCAUAAACUUAAUCAGUUAACAGGUUUGUGUAACGAGUGUUUGAUUAACGAGUAUUUUUUAAAAAUCGAGAGAGUUCUACUCAAGAUCUUAAUGAAUUGGUUCAAGUUACAAGAAAUUUAAUUCAUUUAAAUAGAAAUUUAAACAUUUUGCCUACACAUGUAAUUUGGUUUGGACAGCAGUAUCAAGAAUCUGAAAAAACUCUUUAUAUAUUACAGCUUUGGUACAAAUAAAGUACGGGUGAUUUUUUCUAAAAUUGUUUAUAUGAAAAAAAAUAUUUAAUUGGAGUGCUCAUAAGGAUAUUUAAAUGUUGAUGGAAAAACCUUUCCAAUAUUAAGUUGUUCUUUCAACAUUUUCCCACUUCUAUUUAAUUGGCCACUACUGUAUGUACAUAUGUCACUUUGAGUUAUUUUCAACACAAAUUUUCGAAUUUAUUUUUCGAGCAUUGGCCGCGUCUGUUUUUGAUGGCCCGAAGGUGGGCAGAGUGCAGUGCAGAGUGUCGAGUAUUUUGGGGAGGGGGGAUCCUCGAUAUGCAUUCCCAUUCGCAUUCCUUAUCCGUUGCUUUUCUCUUGCACAUUUUCUCUCUCUCUCUCCCUCUCUUUUGCUGCUCUCUCCAUGUGUUUGGGGCUCUUAUUUUUGCGCUCGUUCAUUUUAUGCUGUUUUAUUUUUUUUUUUUUUUUUUUUUUGGACAUUGCCAACGAUGGCAUUUUUGUGGCCUAAAUUCAUGGCAACGUAGUGGCGGCCAGGGGGAAAGCGGAGCGGGUGAAACGGGCAAAAAGAGGGGGGAUUUGAAUGUGUCAGCGGCAGUUUGCCUCUGAAUGAAUCUGUUUACAUUUUCCACUUUGAUGUCUCUGUCCCGUUCUCUCCUCCACGAUCUUGUUUUAUCCCGCUUCUGUAAAGCCAGCCACCCACAAAACCUUCUCAUUACUGUUUGAUAGCUGAUAACAGCCUCAAAAGAAGUGACUAGACUAAAGUGGAACAAAAUGGUAAAAAGAAAAUGGUAAAUGGAAAAAUGGAAGACAAAAAAAAAGUUUUAAAAAUAAUCUUAAUAAUUACAAGAAAAUGUAACCAGAUACAUUUGAUCUGUGUCACUAGAUUGAAAGUUACUAAAUAAGAACGUUGUCUUCCGGCAAGAUAAUUUUUUAAAUCUAGUUUAAUUUUUUUCAGUGCACGCUUUUACGAACACACUCAAAUAAAACGGCUACUUAGGAGCACCGUUAAACGAUGACGACGAAAGCCAAGAAGAGGCAGCUAGCAAGUUGCAGGCAACAACAACAAUUGCAGCUCCAAGAACAACAACAGCAAAAACUCAACUGGCUGCCGACGACUUCUUAUAAAAAAAAAACGAGACAGCGGGAAAAUUGUUCAAGAAAAUUCUUAUAAGAAAUUAGCAAAAACGAUGACGACAGCAGCAACAGCAGCGGCGAUGCGAUUUUGCCGUUAGCUUUUUCCCCCCAUAUUUUUAUUUUCUUUUUUUUUUUUGCCUUUCCUUGCUUUGGGUUUUUUAGCUGGGUGAAACGCAUUGCUCAAGAACAGGCAGCCAGAGUGAGACAGGAAAGGCCGAAGAGAGAAAGCAAGAGAACUGGACCACUGAGAGAAAAAGAGAGAACGCGAGAGAGAAGACAAGGCGCGACUUGCAGCGCGACCAGCAGCAGCAAAUGCAACAACAACCAGAGCAGAAGCAGCAGCCAAAGGCGAAAAGACAAUUGCAACAAAAGCAAUUCGAUCAGGCGACAAAAGUGGGGAGCAUCUUUCGAUUGAUCCCUGAUUUAAUAGGUUGCGCCACCCAGAACUGGUUUUAGUUUAGAGAACAUAUUUUAAUAAAAAUCGAUCAAAAGCCAAAAAUCUGCCGAAAGGCUCUGAAAAUAUUUUCUGUUAAAUCUUUUGUGAUCAAAAAAUGUUUUGCUAAUAUGUAAAAAAAAAACACUAGAAAACUUGUUGUUUUUAAAUUAUUCUUAAUAAUAUCUGAAUUCUUAGAUAAAAGGCAAUGAAAUCAAUAACUGAUUUAAUAUUCCUGAAUAAAACGCAAUAAAGGGCUUUAUGAGCAAAACGUGACUACGCCCUAGAAACUUUAAACGAGCAGCUGUUCAACGACUGUUUUGUCGCCUGCACCCGUGGACGAAAAGCACUUUUUAGUCUCCAACUGCCGGAUGCUUGGGCUUUAGCUUUAUAUAUAUACAUAUAUAAAUAUAUAUAUAUAUGGGCGGUUAAAAAAGGAAAACCACACACUCUCGACGAAGAGGAGCAAAGGCAAUGGCAAAACAAAAUAUUGCAGACGCAAAAGCGGCAGACUAAAAAAAAAGUGAUUUCGUUGUUCAUAAAUCAGUUGCAAUUAAAAUUAACUGGGGAAGAAUGCAAGACUUAUUAGAUUUGUGGUCAGUUCGCAGUCGACGUCGCAGUUGGCGUCACAGUCGCCAGUUGCCGGCACGCGAAUGCAAUUUUUUUUUCCUUCUUAUUUCGGGGUGGGGCGCGAACUACACUUGUGUUGAAAUUGCUAUUGCAUUCUUGCACAUAAUUGACUAACAACAAGAAAAAAAAACAAGAAAAAACUAAGUACGUUUCACAUUUUGGCUUUUGUUAUUGUUUAUUUUUUAUCCACACUCACUCGCGGCAUUCGCUUGUGAAGUACAACAAUAUAAUCCCGUUGUUGUCAUUAAAAUAUUAAUUUUUGUUUGUUGUUCUACAAGUGCCGCAUUUAUUUAUUAACACGAACACGAAAACACGAGUGGCGCACGUUACGUAUACGCAAUGUGUCCGGUGUUUUGUUGUUUCCACCCUGCAUCCAUGUUGUUGUUGAUGACGUACGAACAUCAGCAUAAACAUCAUCGUUAGUCACGUAAUUAUCAUCAUCAUCAACGCUUUUUAUUUGUUGUUUCGUGCAGCAGUAGCAACAACAAUAACAACCAUUAUCACAAACACCGUAGGCCACGUUACGUAUACGCAACGUAUCCGUUGUUUAUAU